AAGCUUUGCAACUUGAAGUUGCAAGCGCCAGGCUUUCCAGCUUCAGAGCUAGUGGACACAAGGAAAGCUCUCCAGGGGCUUUGAGGUAGUUCGGAUUCUGGGCUUCAAGUUCUGGCCCUUCGAGUUUGCCCCAGAUCCUCCUAGCUGACGUUAGCUGAGGCCGACAUCGCACUCCCCUCAACACUUGAGCCCGGGCGGUAUGGGGCCGCCCUAUUUGUCGUCAGGUGUUGAUAGCAUUCGCAGCAUCUCCAACACGACCUUUAUGGUCAUUGCAGCUCGUAUACUGUGUUGGAGCAUGCUUUUGACAAUGCUGCUGAAUUUCGUUGAUGCUAGGGUGUACGAAGCCAGCUUGCACGUUCACACAGGCAGCCAAACCAGUAGGGCUGGGGGCGCUGCAUUGCUAUAUAGGACAUCUGAUCUUGCUCCUGAUCUGGUGGACAGGCAGCGCUUGUUGCCGCAAGCGCACGAGAGGCUGUCACGUCGGAAUCUGCUUCAAAUAUCUGGGGGAACCUCGGGUUCGUGUAACCUUGUGGCCAGCGGGGGAAGCUUGCUGCACGCCAUAUCUGCCGACGAUUGCAGCCGAGCACCGACUGGAGCUAGCCAGACAUUCGUUGCCUGCUGCGCCGACGUGUGCACCAGCAGCACUUCCGGAUCCUUCUGCACAUGCACAGGCUAUACUGACGCAGUUGUCACCUGCGACGGGAUUUCUACGUUAGCAGGAUGCUGCUCGUUGGCUGGGGGGGGCUCACGAACCGGUACUCCCCAGCCAAACACCCCCGCCCCCGCUCUCACCCCACAAGCGACACUUCCUCCUACCCCGACGCAGCCCCCUCCUACAACUCCCCCCUCAACGCCGCCACUCACAACGGCUGCCCCAACACCCCGCCCCACGACUGCGGCCCCAACAAUCACCCCUGCCCCAACACCCCUCCCGACGACUGCGGCCCCAACACCCCCACCAACCGCUGAGCCCACUCCUCCGCCGAGUGUCCCUGCUCCGACAGCCCCCACCCUGACUGCCUCUCCCUCGCCGACCCCCAAAAGUGUUGCUCCGCUCAGCGGCCCAGGCAACACAUUCAAUUCUGCGAGCGUCACUACCCCGACCCAAACACCUCUUACCACUCCCUCCGGCCCAAACUCGUCACCUCCUAGCACGGGAAGCAACGACCUUGCCAUCAAGGUUGGACUCGGGAUCGCCUCGCCUGCGUUUUUGGCUCUGGUUACGGCAGCCACGUGGGCUUACUUGGCUUACCGGUACCGGGCCCGAAAGGCCGCAAUCAUCCGAGCGACAAUCGACGAAUGCACCAACCGGAACCCUCCAACUCUUCCGAAUCCCCGGCAGUAUCUACCUAAGCACGUUCAAGAGAUGUUGAAAGUACUCUUGAAACAAGUCCUGGCAAAGUGGGACUCGUGGUCAGGAUGUUCGCACAAGUUGUCGUUCCCUGCGAAAGCUGAGAUGGGGAUCUGGAAACGGGAGUUUCAUAAGAAAGAGAGCCUUGUGCUUGUGGAGGCUCUCAAAGCGGUGGACUCCGGUUUCUGCAGUGCACGUACCGAGCCUGGGUUUGACGGUCUGUUGGACAAGUGGAAGAAUAAGGAGACGAGUAGGAGCUACAUCGUGGCAGAGAUUUGUGCGUUCGUCGAAGAAGAAGACGUUGACCGUUGGAAAAAAACUCGGGCACCAAGACCGGUUAAUGCACUUUCCACUUGAGUCUCCGUGUUAUUUUUGAUGGACGCUCUUAAGUUAAGAACAUUAACGUCUGGAUUUCGCGGAAUCAGCUGCGACGGACCUUAAAAAUUCGUGCACGUAGCACCACUG